AAAUACAUGACCCAGCAGAGUCUGCCAUCGUUGACGCUGCUGCAGUUGACAAGAUGCAAACGAAAGACCUCCUUUUUCUCUGGGGCGUUGUGGCCUCCUUGGUCCUGUUGGCAGAUGGCAGCACCAUCCCGUCUGCUGGCAGAGUCGCUGCUAAAUUCGAGGGAAAAGGAUUUGUGAAUCUUCCCAAUCUCGACGCACCUACUGAGAAGGAAUGGCUGGAGAUCAUCGAAGGAACCCACCGAGGAGAACCCGUGCCCAGGUACCUCGCCGAGAGGAACUACACCUUCCACGUCAACGAGACGGGCGAGUUCAGCACUUCCGACGGCUUCAAGGGCCACUGGAACCAGACUGAGUACUUACACUACCGCGUCGUCGGCGACCAGUCCCACCGCGUGGUGUUCCACAUCGAGGACAUACACCUGGGCCACCUCCACCUCGGGGUGGCGCAGAAAUCCGUGGCGACCUUCACCGCCACUGGGAACGAAUCGUACGUGUCCGCCACGGCUGUCGGCGGCAUGACCUUUGUGAAGGAGAACGACACCUGGGCCCAAGGCGGGAGCUUCCUCGGCUUCGGCCAAGGACAAGGGAUCAUCGGGGAGCUAAGGACCACUUGCUAUUCAUGGACUUGACUUACCUGCUGGUCAACUCCUCCCAUUCCUACAGCGUCAGCCAGGGGGAGCUUCAGGGACUCAUCACCGUCGGCCCGGACAACUACCACAUGGAGGGCGUCACGUUCAGGAACUCAAUACCGCUGAGUGGUUACGGGAAAGGAGGGGCGCGGCGGCUACCCAAGACCCCAGAAGAGCUCGCCCGCCUUUACCGAGAGCGGACCGAAGUAUCGACGCCGUUUAUCGCGGCCACGUCGGGCGCAGUCAAGGGCGAGCAGACAGUCGGACUGGAGGGGAAGAUCACAGGGGAAAUAGACUCCGUCACGAGGAUCUUCCCAGAUCGAACUUUCAAUUCCACGACGACCAUCGAGGCUACGUUCAGCCACGAGACCUCCUCCUCCUCCUCCUCCUCCUCCACCGGUACCCAUCCGCUGCAGGUUCAGAAUCUACUCGACGCCGUUGCCAAGUCCUUCUUCCACUGACGAUGACGUCAACCUGCAUUUAAGUCGUUUCGCCAUUUCCGUCUUGAAAUCAGUCCUUAGAGAGCUGAUCUAGUGUAGAACCCUCUCUUGCUUUUUUUUAAACAGGACAAUGCAAAAGUUUCAAUAAAAUGACAGAUUAUA